AUGUCAAAUCGACCAGCAGUUGCACCAAAACCGAAAUCACUUGAUGUAAGCAGUUCGCGCCUUCUGGUCGACGAUAAGAGACGUCUUCCGGAACGACCAGUGAGGAGCGGUGGCAGUAGUGGCAGCAAGAAUUAUGCAGAUGACGAAAUUUCUUGGAGGCUUCAAAAAAUGGGUUUGCUUAUUAAUAUGUAUUCCAGGUCAAAAAAUAUUAGCCAGCAGCAGUUGAGUUCAAAAGUCUUGAAGCCUUUAGCUCAGUUGAAAUGUAUCUAUUUUUUACUUUGGUAUUUACCUGUUUUUGAUGACACCUCAUAA